AUGGUACAGUCAGUGGGCAACAUGGCGCUGGCCAGGGUCGGUAGAUGUUGUCGGUCGUUAGUCCGUGAUGUCGCUAAAGUAGCGUUUUGUGGUGCUUUACAACCCGGUUGGAUUGAAGCUAGCGUGGGAGCCAAGAGGCACCUGUUGUCCGAAGACGUUAUCAAACUACAAGACUUUCAGCAGAGGAAGCUGGCUGUGGCUCAUCUGGUCACUGGAUCCAAAGGAAAUUACAUUGAGCUGUUCAGCCAGAAGAUAGAAAGAAAUGAGCUGAUUCUGAGAGACGAGCUGAAGCUUCUCCUUCACUUGUGCCAGUCUGCCGAUGACAUGGUGAUAGCAAGGGACGCCAUUUGUAGGUACCACGCAGAGAACCGCAACUUUGUGUAUGGAGAGUUCAAGUUCGGGCCACUCUUUGUGAGACUGUGCUAUGAGCUGGGUCUGGAGAGCCUGGCUGCUGCUACACUUACAGAUAAGAAUAUGAGGGGAUUCUUCAGCGACGCAACCUCCUUCAACAUCACCAUAGACAUGUUAUUCACUAAAGGCUCUUUUGAAAAAGCCUUGGAGGUCCUACGGACCAUGAGGGAGCACGGGAUACCUUUCAACAAAGACACGUUGACUCUGGCGACGGGCACCUGCUAUAAAAUGAACACGGCGGAGUCCUACAGGAUCUGCACCGCUCUGGUAGAGGAGGGGCAGACCAAAGGGAACUCCAUCCCCAGACACGCGUACUGCUUUGCUGUCGCAAUAGCACUGAGACAAAAUGACGUAGAAAAUGCAGAGUUGUUGUAUUCACGAAUAAUGAACACUGACAGCAGAUUAUGCCAAAACCUGAAGCUCUUAAUACUAUUAAUGUCGGGAGCGGUGGACGAAGCCAUUUCCGUCCUGUCUGCGGCCACGUUGCAUAAAAGCCCUCCUUUUGUGAGAAAGCCAGAGUUUUCUCAGGACGUGGUGGAUGUCCUGCGCUUGAGGAGUGAGAGCGGACCGCACGUGAUGGAAGUGGAGCACAUCGUGACGCAUCUCGAGGGCGCCGAUCAAGUGACCCCGCAGACCCUCGACGGCAUGCUCUGCCACACACCCACUGGGAAGAGGAAACCAGUGCUGGUGCUGGAGGCGAGGAAGACCAGUCGAAGGACUCUGAAAUCGCUCCAGUCCAAUCUGCUGUCGGAGUGAGAAAAGCCUGCGUUCACUAAAGGCUCCGGUUAUGAGGCUGAAUGCCAUCAGCCAAACAACACUGACUGGUUCGAGUGGACUUGGUCCCUUUUUGCUGCAUCUACCUCCCCUUCAACACAGACUCAGUCCUCCCUCUGCAGACUGGACCUAGCCAAAUUGUGAUGAGAAAUGAUCCAGCAGGCACUUUAACGUUAAGGUCGCUGUGAGAAAACAUUCAAAUGGGUAAGGAAUGCCUUGCAUGGACGGAUAAACAGAUAUUGAGUGAUUUUGCGAAGACUGCGUUGUGUAUAUAAAUGUGUGAAUGAGUAAUUAAAGAUGAAUCGGAUAUUUAAUA